CCGGGGGGCUCAUGGACUAACCGGGGCCCUGACCCGCCCGCUCUAACGGACUCUGUCUCGGACCGGACCAUGGCGGCCAAGGAGGACCUGUACAGCAAGAUUCUCCCCCGGAGGCUCCGGCAAAGCCGGCGGGGUUCGGUGAAAUCCAGCUCCAACCUGGACGUGCUGUUAUCCAUGGGCUUCUCCAGGCACAGAGCACUGAAGUCUUUGGUGUCGACUGGAGGCCGGAGUGUCCAGGCAGCGUGUGACUGGCUCUUCUCCCAUGUGGACGACCCGUUCCUGGACGAUCCUCUGCCCAGGGAGUUCGUCCUCUACCUGCGACCCAGUGGGCCGCUCCAGAACCAGCUCUCCCAUUUCUGGCAGCAGAGUCGGCUCACCUGCGGAAAGAACAAAGCCCACAACAUCUUCCCACACAUCACUCUGUGUCAGUUCUUCAUGUGUGCUGACUCAAAGGUGGAGGCUCUCUGUGAGGCCCUGCAGACCACCGUGCAGCAGUGGAGGGGUCGGUUCCCCAACCCACUGCCUCUGGAGCUCUACACAUCCUCCAACUUCAUAGGGCUGUUUGUGGAGGAGCAGGUGGCUGAUGUCCUCAGGCAGUUUGCAGCUGACUUCGCCACAGAGGCUGUAAGGAAAACAGAGGUCAAAGUGGAGCCUCACAAGAAGCAGCUCCAUCUAACACUGGCGUACAACUUCUCCACUGAUCACCUCCCCUCCCUGGAGAAGCUGGCCAAGGGCAUCGAGGUGAAGCUGGGCUGUGAUUGGCUGGCCGUACUUUUCUCCAGGGACAUCCGGUUUGCUAACCAUGAGACGGUGAAAGUCAUGUACCCCUACAUGCCACAGAACGAUGAUGAACUAGAGCUCACUCCUGGGGAUUAUAUCUUCAUGUCUUCCAUGGAUCAGAACAGCACCAGCGAGGGCUGGGUGUACGGGACGUCCCUGGCCACCGGCCUGUCUGGACUUCUGCCGGAGAACUACGUCAGCCCGGCAGACGAGUCUGACUCCUGGGUGUUUCACGGCUCCCAUUCCUUCUUCAGCUGUGGACCCAGUGAAAAAGGCGGGAAAGAGAAAGGAAUGUUUGACGGGCUGCUGGACGGACGACGUCCAGACAGCACCGGUCCCGGAGAAAUGCCCCCCCUCAGUGUCAUCUGCCACCCUAUGCAGCAGGUCCAGCGGUUCAGUGGCAGCCACACCCGGCAGCCCAAACGAACUCUGUUUGUGUGCCGGCACGGUGAGCGGAUGGACGUGGUGUUCGGGAAACACUGGCUCACUCUCUGCUCCGACAGUAAAGGUCGAUACGUUCGCUCCAACCUAAACAUGCCUCCCAGUCUGCCCCUGUGGGGGGGGCAGAGAGACUAUAACAUGGACGCUCCCAUCACUGUGUUUGGAUCCACUCAGGCUCGAUUAGUGGGUGAGGCUCUGCUGGAGAGCAACACGACCAUAGACUUUGUUUACUGCUCUCCAUCCCUACGAUGUGUUCAGACGGCACAGAAUAUCCUGAAAGGGCUGCAGCAGGACGGAAAGCUGAAGUUGCGGGUGGAGCCGGGCCUUUUUGAGUGGACAAAGUGGGUGUCUGGGAACUCGCUGCCAGCAUGGAUCCCCCCCACUGACCUGGCCGCAGCCAACUUUUGUGUGGACACGGCUUACAGACCUCUGAUCCCAGUGAGCAAGCUGACCGUGUCCGAGUCCUACGAGAACUACAUGAGUCGCAGUUACCAAGUGACCAAAGACAUCCUGUCGGACUGCAAAGCCUCUGGAAACAACGUGCUGAUUGUAGCCCACGCGUCUUCCUUGGAGGCCUGCACGCGGCAGCUGCAGGGCCGCAGCCCCCAGAACGCCAAGGACUUCAUCCAAGUUGUACGAAAGAUCCCCUACCUGGGCUUCUGUGCCACUGAGGAACAGGGAGAAACAGGCACGUGGCAGUUAGUGGACCCUCCUAUCAUGCCUCUAACUCACGGACCGAACCACUCCUUCGACUGGAAGGAGACGCUCCUGCAAGAAUGAAGUCUUCGCGCUCUGAGCUCCUCACAAUCUUCAGUGCCACAAUUCAUAGCUGCGACUCAAACAAACAACACAGAGAUUUUUUUCUUUUCAUUAUUAAUCAUUAGACGGCGAGCUGUGAAAAGUGCUUGCUGUUAGCGGCGGCCAGCCAUGGACUGGAUUCAUCUUCAGGGAUCAUGUUCACACUCACAUGGCAUUAUGGGAUGGCUCAGCAUCAGAAGGUCUGUGUGGGAGAGCUGACGUCAGCAGCAUC